AUGUCAGCAUUCAGCAAAUUCGCAGAUAAGAUCCUCACAUCGAAAUACAACAAGCCUUUCCCAGUCACGUUGCUUCCAUCAGCCAUUGGGUAUUAUCUUGGCAUGAAACAAGGAGAACGACAAGCUCAGCUGCUCGCUGAGAUCCAGGCUUUGGAUAUACAUGAUCAUGAGAAAGUCAAGCAGAUUUCAAAUCAUCCGAAGUGA